GCUGAUGGGGAACUCUUUCUGCUGAUGUCCUUCCCCUGGGGUUGCCCAGGCAUCAAGGCUGCCCAGGUCUGCCCACCUGAAGAUGGCUUGUGCCUACUCUGGGAUGCAGCCCAGUGCCUGAGGUCCUUACCAUGGUGAUGAUCCUGAGGAGAAGCCUUGCCAACCAGGGAACUGACUCCAUAGCAUGCAGGACCUUCAGCCCUGAACUGCACACGCCAAAGAAGAUGAGUCAAGGACCUACCCUUUUCUCUUGUGGAAUUAUGGAAAAUGACAGAUGGCGAGACCUGGACAGGAAGUGCCCUCUUCAGGUUGACCAGCCGAGCGCCAGCAUCUGGGAAUGCCUGCCUGAAAAGUGUCAGGACGGCACACUGUGGCAUCAGGAGGCUGUGACUGCCUGUGCAGUGACCAGCCUGAUCAAAGACCUCAGCAUCAGUGACCACAACGGGAGCCCCUCAGCACCUCCCAGCAAGCGCCAAUGCCGGUCACUGUCCUUUUCUGAUGAGAUGUCCAGCUGCCGGACGUCAUGGCGGCCCUUGGGGUCCAAAGUCUGGACACCUGUGGAGAAGAGACGGUGCUACAGCGGGGGCAGCGUCCAGCGCUACUCCAACGGCAUCAGCACCAUGCAGAGGAGCUCCAGCUUUAGCCUCCCUGCCCGGGCCAAUGGGCUUUCCUCACCCUGCCACCAGGCGGUAUUGCACCACCGCUUUGGGGGACAACCCUGCCAAGUGGCACCAGGCUUGGCCUCCUGUGGACAGGCAGGUGACACCUGGACCCCCGACCUGCACCCCACAGGAGGGGGCCGGCUAGACCUGCAGCGGUCCCUCUCCUGCUCACAUGAGCAGUUUUCCUUCGCGGAAUACUGUCCACCCUCAGCCAACAGCACACCUGCCUCAACACCAGAGCUGGCGAGACGCUCCAGUGGGCUCGCCCGCAGCCGCUCCCAGCCAUGUGUCCUUAAUGACAAGAAGGUUGGUGUAAAACGGCGGCGCCCUGAAGAAGUGCAGGAGCAGAGGCCUUCCCUAGACCUUGCCAAGAUGGCACAGAACUGUCAGACCUUCAGCAGCCUCAGCUGCCUGAGUACGGGGAUGGAGGACUGCAGCCCCCAGAGCCCCUUCGCCCUCCAUGUCAGCAGCACCCGGUCCUGGACCGCCCUGCUCUCCGCCUCAGCCUCCAGCCCAGGGGGCAGGACCCCUGCUGGGACCCCGGUCCCUGAGCCUCCUCCCCACUCCUUCGACGAUCACCUAACCUGCCAGGAGGACCUGUCUUGCGAGGAGUCAGAUGGCUGUGCCCUGGAUGAAGAUUGCAACAGAAAGGGGGAGUUGGCCACAGCCUGGAGGGACCGCGGAGCUGCCAGGAACAGCCUCUGCUCCCUGGAUGGCGAGUUGGACAUCGAGCAGAUAGAGAAGAACUGAGGGCGCCCUGGGCCCUGGUCCGGGAUGGGGGUGCUUUAGAAUCAAUGGGCCCUCCUCUGGGUGCUCGGUGGACACUCGUAGGGGGAGCCCAGCUCCUGGGCCUGACAAAAGCUUCCUGAGAGGUGUUGGGUCCCAGGGAGAUUGCCCACCGCCUCCCCACGUUCUGUGAAGGUGACCUGGCCCUGCCUCUAGUGGGACGUGUCAGUCUCCCCAGCUGUCGAGCACGUCAGCCACCAGGUCCACGGGACUGCCGUAGCCCCACAGAGCAGCUUUUUGGUUUGGUCUUUUCCGCCUUGUUUCUUGGGGGGUGUUGGACAGGGCUGGGCCCAUGCUGCAUCCCUUGGGUGGGGACGCUGGGAGCCAGGCGUGGGCUGGGGCCAGGAUCCCUUGGGCCAUGUCCUGGUCCUUCUUGGCCUCACUCAGGUUCACUCUGGGAGUUGGCCCACAGCUUCUUUCACUCAGUUUAUUCCGUGCCUUCUCUCCCAGGUCUCCCCGCCCCAGGUCCGGGAAGGUUCGGGAGACACCCCCUCCUGUAGAAACACCAGAGCCGCUUGGCCUUAAUCCCACAUGUGGGGGCUGGUAUGGCCCCCGAGCAGGGAAGCCAUGUUCAUGCCCAAGGCCAGGGAACAGCUCUGGGUGCUUGUUAGAGGCCAUCCACGUUGGAUGGGGAUGGUGGAUCUGUGGGCCAGAAGACACACCCACUCACCCCACCUGCGGCCUGGAGAGCCUCCCCGCGCUCCACUGCCGCAGGGGCUGCCGUGGCAGGGCUGGCAGUGGCAGGCUUCCCCGUGGCUCCCAUUCCCUCAUUCAGGUGAGGGCAGUGGUACACGACACAAGCAUGGCCUCUUAGAAGUGUCCUCAGGAGUCAGGAGCUACGAGCUGGCCAUUCCGUGGGGCCUGGGAUGGGGGGUCUGUGAACCCCUGCAGUGUUUCUAGCACAUUCUCACGUGUUCAUGGGCACUCUGGCUUUAAUCCAUGUGCACUGCCCGCCUCAAGACAUCUGUCCACUGUGGGAGCCCAGGCUGGGUGCCGCCCCUCCAAGGCAGGCCCAGCCAUGGCCCAGCUUGCUUCGCUUGCUUUGUGGCUCCUCACUCCCGGCACCUCUCCCCAAGGAUUUGCACUCAGGCAGCUCCCUAGCCCGCCUUGCAGACCCCACAGGCUCUGCACUCUGGGAAUCUGGCUUUUAGCAAACUUGGCAUCUUUCGCAGGCAAGAGCAAGUGGGCUGGCUUGUGAGCAAGUGGCUCAUUUUCCCAUAAGGCUAAAAAUAGCUGACAUGUUCUCGCGAGUUCACCGACACGAUCACGGGCACUUUUGUAGUCACUUUGCCUUUGCUCAUCUUCGUGGAUGAGCGAACGCCUCACUUCUGCAGGUCGAGUCCUAUGGUUCUCACCUUUCUCCUAAAGAAAGACCCUGUUUGGGAAACUUUGUUUAAACCUUCACUUUUUACUUACAUCCAAAGGGUGGUGGCUCAAAUUCUGUUGUAUAGUUGGCAUCAAAUCAGCCACAGGAUGCUUGCAGGAAGCCCCUACCCCAGUGGCCCUCAGAACCCUGUGGCAGUCUCAGGCUGGCCAGCGCAAUGGUGGCACUGGGUGGGGCAGUGUGUGUGUGGGGGGAGGGGUUCGCUGUCACUCCUACCGGAGGCGCUGGAAAGCCAAACCAGAGAGUCGUGGCUCAGUGGACAAGGGCAUCGUGCCUGAUCCCUAUAUGGCCAACCUUGAGGCCCUGUCUUCUCAGAGCAGCCCUAGAGGUGGUGGGUAGUUGUCAAGAGACCAAGGAGAGCACAUGCCAGAGCCUCCUGUCCCCAGAAAGCCCAGGAUGGGAAGUUCUAGUAUCUGGAGUGGCCAUACCAACGGUGGCCACCAUGGAACACGCCCUUCCUGUGGAAGGCAGAGGCAGGGUUCCCACUCCUUUCCCCCCAAAGGGCCAGCCAACGUUAAGUCAGGGAGUGGCUCCCAGCUGCCUUUCCUUAGGGCCAGGACAGGAGGCACCUGGUGGCAAGUGUGUGUCAUAGGGCUGUAGGGGGGUGGCCUGUCCUCACAUCCUACCUACUCCUACCCUAGGCCUGAUGGCAGAAAGGCAAGCAGUGGCGUUUGCUGAGUCACAGCCUCAUCCUUCCCACCUCCCCCCAAGCCACUUCCAGGGCACUGCCAGGCAGAAAUGACCCUAUCCCAGGAUAGGGUUUGGCCCUUUCCAGUCUCCUCAUCCCUCUUGACUGUUCUGUCCUACCAAAGCCCCUGGCCUAAGCUCAUGAUAGCAGCAGU